AGGUUUCACUCUGAAGAAUGGAAGGUCUCUACGUUACCAGCAGCUCACAGAACCAAAGCUACCAUUACAACAACAUCACCUCCAACUACUUUGAGCCCAAAGUGAUAUAUGUGGUGACAUGCAUAAUCGUUGCUGUCGGCCUUCCUCUGACCCUCAUGGCUAUCUAUGCUUUUUAUUCUAUGGUGAGAAGUGAUCAUGUUGCUCCCAUCUACGUCAUCAACCUUCUCAUUUGCGACCUGAUUCAGUUCUGCUACAUGAUCGUUCAGGUGGUACCAAAUGUGGACAGGAAAAUAUAUAAUAUCUUCUUAUAUAUUUACAUCUCUGCUCUGUUUGCCAGUGUUGGCUUCAUGGUCUGCAUCGCCCUGGAAAGGUAUUUGGUCAUCGCCCACCCACUGUGGUACCGCUUCAGACGAACCAUCAAGACCUCUGUGGUGGUCUGUGUCCUGGUCUGGGUCCUUUCUCCUGUCUGUGCUGUCUGUUUCUAUUUCACUGAUGUCAGAUACAUACUCUUCAUCAUCCUCUUCCUCCUUCCCUUCCCACUGUUAAUAUUCUCCCUGGUUGGGACCCUCAAAGCCCUGUCUGCUUCCAUCUCGGUCCCCUCUGAUGAAAAACGACGAAUUGUGGGAAUUUUGGUUCUGGUGCUGCUUAUUUACACGCUGCUGUUCCUGCCCAGCAUCAUUUGGUACCUGGAAAUAAACAAUGACGAGAACCUCAACAUCCUGUCUUUUAUCUUUGUUAGGUUCAGUCCUCUUGCAGACUCAGUCCUGUAUGUGUUCAUGAGGAAAGGGCUCAUAGACAAGCUUUUGGCCUCUGUGUGUUGCUGCAGAAUGGACAGCAAUGAUAUCAGCAGUCCAUCAGUAUGAAUGAUGACAACAUUUCCACAGUCAGCUUCAUGUAGGCAGAGAAAGAGGGAGAGAGAGAAAGGGGAGGAAACAGGAGGAGAAAUGGAGGCCAAUAGAAAGGAUAGAGACGAGACAGA